GUGGAACCAAAAAGGAAAACAAGGACGUGAACUCGCUUUUUUCCUCCCAAUAGCAUCUGGCUAUUUCCUCUUCAAACCGUUGACCCCCGAGAGUUUGAACCACGGAAUGGUUAGUUAGAGCUUUGUUACGUGGACAAGAACAGCUUACGCCAAACUAUGCAGGACGUACGAAGGCGCAGAGGCAGGGAGUCACACAGCACAGCAUGUGUUUCAAAGGAAAAUGUACCGCAGAAGAAGAAGAAGCAACACUUCCACUUUGACCUCUGGUUCUGUCUGACUCUUCAGAACUGGAUACUGGACUUCGGAAGGCCCAUCGUCAUGAUUGUCCUUCCUCUGGAGUGGUUUCCUCUGAACAAACCCAGUGCCGGAGACUAUUUCCACAUGGCGUACAACGUCAUCACACCCUUCCUAAUGCUCAAGCUGAUCGAGCGCAGCCCCAGAGUCGUGUCUCGCACAGCUAUCUACAUCUGCAUCAUCACGUUUGUCAUGGGAGCCAGCAUCCACCUGGUAGGAGACUCCAUCAACCACCGGCUCAUCCUGAGUGGUUACCAGCUCCACCUGUCAGUCAGAGAAAACCCCAUCAUCAAAGACUUGAAACCAGCUUCACUGAUCGACUCGUUUGAGCUGCUGUAUUAUUAUGAUGAACACCUGGGACAUUUACUGUGGUACAUUCCCUUCUUCAUCAUUCUGUUCAUCUACUUCAGUGGCUGCUUCUCCAGCUCAGAGGAGCAGAGGAAAAUGCCUGUUUCUGGAUGGUUGCUGCUGGGACCCAGUGCCCUUUACUACUGGUAUUUGGUCACAGAGGGACAAAUCACUGAACUCUUCCUCUUGACUUUUUUUGCUAUGGUUGCCACGGUGAUGUUCCAACGCUAUAAAGGCCUCAGCCCCGACAGCAAUGGCCACUUCCUUUUCUAUAGUUUUGGUGUUACAGUGCUGCUGGUGACUCUGUGGGUGGCCUUUCUGUGGAACGACCCGGUGCUACGCCACAAGUACCCCAGACUCUUCUAUGUCCCCGAGCCCUGGUCCUACUACACUUUACACAUCAGGAAUAGCCACUAAAUGACAUCACUGCUUACCGAGCGUUUAAUGAGUUUUUUGUACGUUUUUUUUCCUAAACACUCAUACAAGAACAAGAGGAGACAUUUGCUAUUAUUGGCACGGAAAGUGUAUUUUUUUUAAUGCUUUUCAGCAGUGUUUAAACAACAGUUGAUAACAACAGUUUAUUUUACUUGCUAAAAUAUGUAUUUUAUAAACAUAGAAGAUGCUUGUUCUGCUGGUCCAACCAUACAAAUAUGUUCCUUAGUCCAUUAAAAGAAGUUAUCAGUAACAAACA